AUGGACUCUAGCCAAGUGCAACUCGGCAAAAACCUUUCUGGGGAAUUUUGCCACAAUUUGUACACUUCGAACGGAUGGUUGAUUGUCUUCGGAAUUGCUGUCGCCGAAGGCAUCAUCAUUUUGAGAACAUGGGCUAUGUGGGGCCGGAACAAGAUUAUUGGGAUCUUUCUCCUCGGGUUGUUCUUUGCGUCUCUCAUUGCAGCUAGCGUCGCACUUGCGUUGUUUCAGAAGUCCACGCAUUUUAUCCCCAUAUCAUCCCUUGGGCCGUUGUCGACCGGCAAGGGAUGUCUUGCUGACCGCGCCAACAUAGACGUUGUGGGUACGUAUGCUAGCUUUACGGCGUUUGACACCGUCAUCGUGUGCCUCACAGUGUUCAAGGGGCUACAACUCACGAAGGUCAGCCCAUCGAAUUCGAACUUGGUUCUAAUAUUGUAUAGAGAUGGGAUGUUGUUCUAUAUCACGCUCUUUGGUUCGUAUCAAAUAAUGUCAUGA